GAAGGAGGAAGGGAGGGAGGGAGGGAGGGCGAGAGAGAGAAAGAGGAAGGGUGGGAGGCCUUUAGGGGUGGAAAAUCGUUGGAGAAUACCGUCGCGGUGAAAUCACUCCUCUCGAACGCUCGCGAGACGAUCAGACCGCGAAGCAUCCCCCGCCGGGGCCGUCCUGCUCCCUUGCCUGCCUUUCGCCCCUUUGCCCUCUCGCUGGUAGGAUGGAAGUGGAGGAAGUGGCUGUCUGAUCUUGGACGGAAUGACAAUAAGACUCCCCUUUGAUUAAUCGACGGAACAGACAGAAAGAUAGAGAGAGAGAGAGAGAGAGAGAGAGGAAUAGAGAGUAAGUGAGAGAAAGAGGGAAUUAGUCCUCUCGAGACGGCGGAUUGUUUUGCAAGUGCUAAGAAGUUCUGGUUGUUAAUAGAACUGACUAAAUACAACUUUAACCGAGUAAGUUAGACAUAAAUCCACCGAUUCGAAGCAAGCGAUGCUUCGAAUAGCGUCGUGCAUUGAGAUAUCACGCCUCUCCAUUAAAGCCGACAAGUCUGUUAAAAUGAAUUAAUACGCAACAUUCUCUCUUGCGAUAAUAAAAUAAGAAGAAUAUUUCCGGUGUCGACCUGUGGAUCGUCCCCGAGCGUUUCAGCGCGAUAAGAUACGUGUCGAAGUGUUACGAGUGCAACGAUUAAUCAAGUGAUUAACGAUUGUUCCUCUUCCAACUCCCCCUCCCCCUCCCCUUCGACUUAAAGGAUAAAGUUGCUCGACUAAUCCUUUCGUUGCAUCCGACCGUCGAAGAACUUUCCAGACACAGAGUAGCGCGGGGGCGGGCGAGGUGCGCGACAAUAACGCGAAUGAAUUCGGGAGGAGACGGGAUAAGUAGAGUGGAUCGAAAUUAGAAUCGUGUGCAGCGAGUGGAAGAGGGUCGGCGCUUGAUCAGGCGAACCGGCGGAUCCAAGCUCAAGGUGCACUACUGAAAGGAACUCAUUUGCUUAAAGAGAUCUUUUGCAGUACACGGCCCACAUCUCUGUAAAAUUAUAUAUUACACGGUCAUAGAGAACACAUAUACUUGACGAGGCGCGUCUCCAUCCGCGAAAACACGACAAUAAUACGCGAGAAAAAUAUCCGCAAGUAUUAACGGUAUAUCGAAAAUAAUAAUUUGUAAUAAUCGAUCAUAAAACGUCGACGAGGGAAUAAUCGACGGGAUUCCGAGGCCGGCCGGAUGUUUUCGAAUGUCUAUCUUUAUUUGAGCCGGCGACAGGCGUCAAUUUGAACGGUGAGUAAUCUGAGGCUCCAUGCAUCUUCGUGAACGAGUGACGAAUGCCGGGACGUAAUCGACAACGAUAACCAAACGUUAACAAAUCACAGUGAGGACAGCGGGGGAAUUUGUGCGAUCGGAAGAGAAACGACAGAGUAAUCGGAGGACACCGCGUCGGCGAAAACUCUCCGUUACUGUCAAGAACCUAUAGUUUAAGAAUAGUUUGAUGGGCAUGGGGAAACUGAUGGUAAUGUAGCAGCUGCAGCGAGAGCAAUUGAACACCCUUAAGUACGAGGACAAUAAAGUUGAGAGCGGGUGAUCGGAAGUAACCACGUGAAAACAACCGAAUAGCUGCUGUUGAACUCGAUAUCGCAAGGUAAUAAAAAAAGAGACGACAAUAUAUUUUAGCAACCGGAUCGAUCGGGAAAAGACAAGAAUAGUGACGGUAAUAGGCGCGAGAACGUUAUCCUGAAAUAUUAAGUUGAUGCAAAAGCGUAGAAUCUUGAUACAUUCGAUUUCUGAAAUAUAACAACGAAAGGCCCGGCAAUCCUUUUGCACUGAUUUAGCAGUGAUACGCCAGUGCAACGAGAAAGCGCAGAGUGAAAGAAACACAGAUUUGUCAGCCGGGCACUUCGAUGCGCCUCGAUAGCAGGCGUUCGAGCUUAAGGGAUUCGCACACGGUGUGAGUCGGUGUGAGUCCUGUGUGUUCGUCGUCGUCGUCGUCCUGCCACGCGCGCUGCCUGGACGAGGGAGCCGGGUGCGGGGGCAGGUCCUUCCCGGUGUGGAAUGACAAUAAGGAGGUGCCGUAGCCGCGGGGUGGUAUUAUGCCGGGGACGACGGAUUUGAGCGUACCGCCCAAGUGCCCGGCGAAGGUCCCCCUUCGUGGGAUGGCACUCGGGACGCUGGCCGAGAUAGCAGUGAGACUCGUGAUUAGCGGCUACAUAUUCGCCGUGGUCGUCUACGUGAACGCCAGCGGCAACUGGGAUAAGGACGAUGACCUAGUGUCCACGUCUAAGGUCAGCGCCGUACUUGGCCGUACUGCCACUUUGCCUUGCGACAUUGAACCGUCCACGCGAGAGGAUCGCGUCUACAUGGUCCUUUGGUUCCGCGAUUACGCAGUGAAACCCAUUUACAGUUUCGACGUGCGGGGACGUGCUUUCAACAAGGCCCUAAACUGGUCGGACAGCACCGCCGUGGGGCCCAGGGCCUACUUCGUCACGGUGACGAAGCCGGCCGCGCUCUCCUUGGAGGCGGUCCAGCUCGACGACGAGGGGCUCUACCGAUGUCGGGUGGACUUCAAGAACUCGCCGACCAAGAACUUCCAAGUGAAUCUCACGGUGAUCGUGCCGCCGCACCAGCUACUCAUCUACGACAGUUCCGGGGUGCAGGUGGAGAGCAUCGCCGGGCCGUUCCAGGUCGGCGUCGAGUUCGGUCUGUCGUGCGAAGUGAGGGGAGGGAAACCCACGCCGGUGGUGAGCUGGCUGGUGAACGGCAAGGAGGUGGACGGCAGACUCGAGGAGUUCGGCCAGAACAUCGUCGUCAGCAAAUUGACGGUGCCGCAGCUGCGCCGGGAACACCGCAACACCACGUACAAAUGCCAGGCGGCCAACACGCAUCUUAUACCGCCGCUGGAGAAGACCGUGAUCCUCGACGUUUAUCUGAAACCGCUCACCGUGAAGAUACUGUCGAAGCUAACGGUCAUGGAGACGGAGAAGGACUACUCCAUCACCUGCGAGACGACAGGCUCGCAUCCCCGCGCCCGCAUCACCUGGAUCGAGGGAAACGAGACGUUCCUCAACGGCAAGGUAAUGGAGAGCGGGAACGCGUCGGCGGUGCUUAGCACCCUGAUAUUCUCACCCGUCCCCGACGAUCACGGCAAGAUCCUCAAGUGCCGCGGCGAGAAUCCGGCCUUGGCGGACGCGUACUUGGAGGACUUCUUCAAGUUGAAUGUCGUCUUCCCGCCUAAGGUACAGCUGCAUCUGGGCAGCACUCUGAACGCGGAGAACAUAAAGGAGGGCGACGACGUGUACUUCGAAUGCAAAGUCCGCGCCAAUCCGGAGCAUCACAAAAUUACUUGGCGCCACAACGGCGGCGUGUUGACGCAAAACUAUUCCGCCGGUAUCAUCAUGAGCACCCAGAGCCUGGUGCUGCAGGGCAUAGGACGCGACAACGCGGGAAAUUACACGUGUCUCGCCAGCAACGAUCGUGGGGAGACGACGAGUCCGAUUGUGAACCUGAGAGUGCAGUUCGCGCCGGUCUGCAAGAUGAAGGAGGUGACGAUUAUCGGGGCUUCUCUCGAGGAGUCCGUGAAGGUGCGCUGCGAGGUCGAUGCCGAUCCGAACGAGGUGGACUUUGUCUGGGAGUUCAACAACAGCGGCGAGAACUUCGAAGUCGCGCCGGCCAAGUUUGACGGCAACAACGGCACCAUGAGCGAGCUCGUCUACACCCCCGAAUCCGAGAGGGAUUACGGCGCCCUGACCUGUUGGGGUAGAAACGCGAUAGGAAAGCAGGAGGCGCCCUGCAUCUAUCAAGUCAUUCCAGCAGUGAAACCGAAUCCCCUGAACAACUGCACCAUCAAGGCGUCGCUCAACCAAAGCUCGGAGAUCCUGGAGGUCGAAUGCGUGCCAGGAUACGACGGUGGGCUUCAUCAGGAGUUCAGGCUGGAGGCUUACGAGGUGCUGACCGGUAAUCUCCGAGUGAACGCGUCCAGCGUAUCGGCCGAUCUGCCGAUCUUCCGGAUCGCCGUAGCCGAUCUCCUGCCGGCCACGCAUUUCUACCUAGUGACCUAUGCCGUGAACGCCAAAGGCCGCAGCGAAGUGUCGCUGUUGGAGGACAUAAUGCUGCGCGAUUCAGAGAAGCAUACAGACACUGGCGUCAGCAUGCUGCCGUUGAUCCUGCUGCUGGUUGGCUGCCUGCUGGCCUUCGGCGCGACCGUGAUCUCCGUGAUGCUGAUGAUGUAUCGACGACGCGGCACCACGUCACCGGUGCACAUCGAGCCCUACAUGAAACAGCCGAUAAUCACACCGCCGGACUCGAGGAACAAUUCGAUGCUGGACGUGACCCACGGCGACCACACGUACUUCGUCGAGUACACACUGAAGCAGGUCACCGAUUAUGCGCUCAAUAAUCAACCGGACAUCAUACAGUCGCCGCAAGACCAAGAGAAGAUCAAACGUGAGCCACAGCUGUUUUUGCCGGUGAGACCGGACACGCUGUUCGCGCCCUAUGACAUUCACAAGCAGGGACUGCAAACAAACAGAUGCAGCCUGAACCCGUUCUCCGCAAAGUCCUGGGAGCCCAUCAGCUUCAAAGCCGAUCGCAACCUGAUGAAGGAGAUCAUCAUCGCCAAUUCCAUACCGGGCCCGGAGAGCUGCGUAUAAACUUGAUCGCAGAAGUGAAUCGGGAGAUGCAACAGCACACACACAUUUAUUUACAAUACACACACACACACACACACACACACACACACACAUACACAGACAUAGAGCAUAUCAUAAGGGCAAUCGAUUUGGGAAGCCUGAAAACUGUACCGCGCGCCGUCGAUCGAUGCCACGACGGAUACACGCGGAUAUCAAAGACAAAGUCAACGAAUCUUGUGUCUCGCUUGUUAACGCGCGCCGGUGUGACAUAUCACGAUGACGAUAUCGUAGCAGACAUAUCAGCAUAUCGUAGAGCAUAUCGUGGCGCGCCACGAUCUCUCCCGAGAUCAUCGAGAGUCCUUAGGAUCCCCCCGUCGAUCCAGCGCGAGACCGGGGCGAGGAGUCGUCGCGAGAGACGAUUUAGUCGCAUAAUUUAACCGAACGCUACACGUGGUGUACUAUUCCAAGUUUAAUAUAUUUUGUGUCAAGUC